CAAUGGCGGUGUGGCUGAAUAGUUUUGUGUUAUCUGGUGGUUAAGUAGAGGCUUGUGAAGCCAGCAACUCUGUUUCCUUGUUUAUUGGUGUUCGUAUCAUCGUGGCUCAAUUGUUUAUUCAGUCAUGUACCAUUGUGGUUUACUACUUGUCUUAUUGGAUCUGUCUUUAGACGUGGUUGGGAGUGUUUCCCAAUUAGAGAUUGACAGGCAUCUGGAAUUAGGUAGAGAAUUUUUAGCAAAAGGUCAGUUACAAGAUGCCCUGUCACAUUACCAUGCAGCUGUUGAGGGCGAUCCAAACAAUUAUUUAACGUAUUACAAGAGAGGCACAGUAUAUCUAGCAUUAGGUAAAGCGAAGUUUGCACUGCUUGAUCUUGAUAAGGUUUUAGAGCUAAAGCCAGAUUUUACAUCUGCAAGGUUACAACGAGGUAAUGUGUUACUCAAACAAGCUCAAUUCAAAAAAGCAGAAGAAAAUUUUCAAAGUGUGUUGGCAGUAGAACCCCAUAACGAAGAUGCUCUCAAUGCUUUAUAUAAAAUAGGGAGUGCAGAAGAAGAUUUGACUGUUGUAGACAGAUUGAUAAGUUAUGGCGAUUAUGCAGCAGCUGCGCAACAAAUUACCAGAAUUAUUGAGACAUGUCCAUGGGCAGUUGAACUUAGGGAACGCAGAGCAGAAUGUUACGAAGCUCUCGACGAUUAUAUGAGUGCUAUUUCUGAUGUGCGUUCCACAACUAAGUUACAAUCUGAUAAUACUAAUGGGUAUUUUAAAUUAGCCAGCUUGCUUUAUCGUCUUGGACAAGUAGAAGAAUCACUGAAGGAAAUUCGAGAAUGUUUGAAACUUGAUCCAGAGCAUUCAAAGUGUUUUUCGUUUUAUAAGAAAGUGAAGAAAAUAGUCAAAUUAUUAGCAGAUGCACAAACAUCCGAGGAAGCAAGAGAUUAUGAUGGGUGUAUAGUUUCUGCUCAACCUGUCCUUAAGCUUGAACCAAAUGUAGGCAAUGUACGUUUCCUUGCGUAUCAACUCCUUUGCAAGUGCUAUAGUGGCAAUUCAGAUACAAGUCAGGCAAUUAAUAAUUGUCAAGAAGCGCUGAAAUUGCGGAAGGAACCAGGAGUAUACUGUGACAGCGCAGAAGCGUAUCUUGCUGCUGAGAUGUUCGAUGAUGCAAUGAGAGAGUUUAAGGAAGCUUUAGAAAUUGACCCUAGUUUACAAAGGGCAAAGCAGGGUCUUCAUAAAGCGCAACAACGUCAAAAACUGUCCGAAUCUCGAGACUAUUACAAAAUCCUGGGUGUAUCAAGAACAGCAUCAAAACGGGAUAUUAUUAAGGCAUAUAGAAAGGCUGCACAGAAGUGGCACCCUGAUAACUUUCAAGAAGGAGACGAAAAGAAGCGAGCGGAGAAAAGGUUUAUUGACAUUGCAGCUGCCAAAGAAGUACUGACUGACGACGACAAGCGAGCGAAAUUUGACCAAGGAGAAGAUCCUUUAGAUCCUGAGUCCGGAUCACAUCAGUAUGGUUCCAAUCCCUUCCAAGAAUUCCAUCAUUUCCAUGGUUCUCCCUUCCAGUUUAAGUUCCAUUUCAAUUAAUCAUUUUUUUUAACUGUCAUGGUACUAGC